AUGGACUUAAGGGUUAAACCAUCCUUGGUCAAGGAUGAAAAAAUAUACUUUGAUGAUCAGCAAACUCCAUUCCAGCUUGAUCACCAAUGUAUGAAACUAAUGAAAGAACUACAAUUUGAUAAUUCUACUUUCAAUAAAGAAUUACCAUGCAAUUUGACAGUAUCAACUCCAGAAAUCAAUGAUGAAGUUCAUGAGCAAAACAAUCAAGAGUUUUCUUUUAGCCAAAUUUCCUCUUACAAUUGCGAAGAGGUCGAUAUAUCUCGUGAAAAAGAAGAAUUCACUAAAAUUUAUAUGAAGCAACUCUUCGAUAAAAGCUCGCAAAGGUUUCCAGAAAUUUUGAUUGCAGAAACUGAUGAACAAAUACUAUCGUCUAGCUCAAAGAGUAUGUACUGUGAUGAAGAUUUAGUUAGAGGAAACACUCCAGAUUCAAAAAGACUUCAAAACGAGAAUGAAGGGGAUAAAGUGGUCCAAAUAGUUUCUGAAUCAGAGCGAGAUUUUUCGGAGUUAUACUUAACUGAUAAAAGUAGCAUGGGAGGGUAUCACUCCGAAGAUUUAUUAGGUCUACUGACGCAGAGUCAAAAUCAAACCUGUUCCCCUGAUCUUAAAGCAAACUUACAGCCUACUCUUACGCAAUAUCCUGUUGACGAGCUUGAGCAAGAUAUUUUAGAUGCCGUUGGAUUGGUUGAUGAAGAAAAGUUAAUUAGUAGAAAUAUGUUAAUGACCGAUAUAAAGGAAGCUACAUUCGAAGAGCCAGCUAUCCCGCAAUUUGACUAUGAAAAGUAUAUAAAGAAACUCCAUAAUGAAGCUAUAUUUUUAAAUUUUACUCCGUAUUCGUUACCGAACGACUAUACUUCUUCAGAUCCUUUGCAAAGUAUGAACGAUGUCAUUCAAAAAUAUAGUUCUAUGCUACCCUUUGGUAGAUUAAUUGAUGAGGUACUUUUGGAUAUUGAUUGUGUAUGGUCUAAUGAUGAUAGCGCAAAGAGUGAUGAUAUUUCCAAUCAGCAAGGGGUUUAUACAGAUCGCAAUCAAAUACGAAAGUAUCAUGAUAAUGUUGAAAGAUUCUUCAUGAUAAGAGCAGAAAAAGUUGAUAAUGUUGAAAAUUUGGUUAGCAUGCAUGGUGGGACUGCAGUUUCGUGCGAAAACGCUCCAGAUUUUGAUAUCCCAUCACAGGAUGAGGAUGAAAUCAGCAGCGUAAACCCUUUAAAUCUAGGAGAUACUGAAGUUACCGAAAUAGAUGAAAGAGGUUGCAUAAUCUUUGCUUCUGAACGAGUUCGAGCCAAUUACGACUUGAUUAAUUUGCUGGAAUCAAAACACCAAUUAGAUAUCAUCCCAAAUGUGAUCGAUUCUCCUCAAUGUAGCCAUUUGGCAGUUUUUAUGAUACAUCCGUAUAAUUUCAGGUCAGAUCGGUUUGCUUUAGCUGAUGUAUUUUUAUUAGCUAAGGUGUUACACAACACCUGCGACUUGGAACUAUCAGUUUUGUACGCUUUUGAUAAUGAUGAUCUUAGUGCUACGAUUAAGCACCUGGCCAAAACAUACUGCAAAUCUCGUGCGGAGAUAUCCAAAAAUUUGCUUAGCUAUCAUAUAGACUAUAAAAUGCAGAGAUUCAAAACGAGAAUGGAAGUUCUUGGAUGUUAUCAAUGUUUUAACGUAUUCUGGUCUGUUCUUCUGGUAGCAUUAUUUCUUUUCUAUCUUAAAACAGCAUCUAAACCGAUGUUAGUUCAUUGA